AUGGGUAAACUGCACUCGAAACAUGCCGCUAUUUGUAAACCGAGGGAGAGCCCGGAAGGCGACAGUUUUGUAGUCAAUGCCUGUUUGGCGAGGAAGGGAAUCGACGACUGGCUCGUGAAGCAGAAAUACUACUGCACGAGCUCUCGCCUCGAGCAACAGGACUGUCACCACAAGAAUAACUGCGGUUUGACUGCACGGGAAUCCAUGGAUGAAGCGUGCGCUGAGCGGAUUGGUGAUGAACACUACCGUUUGGAAGUGGCUUUACCCCCGGAGAAGACAGACAGCUGCUGUGUGGAGGAGAAGAUGCAGGAGAGGGACAGCCAAUCUCCCGCAGGGCCACAGAAACAGCUCCAGUUUGAAGAGUUGGAGUGCGCUGUGUCUGUGGAGGAGGAUAACAGGCAGGAAUGGACUUUCACCCUCUAUGACUUUGACAACAACGGAAAAGUCACCAGGGAGGAUAUCACCAGCCUGCUCCAUACCAUCUACGAGGUCGUGGACGCCUCCGUCAACCAUUCUCCCAGCAGCAGCAAGACGCUGCGGGUCAAGCUGUCGGUGGCUCCCGACUCCAGCCAGCGGUGGAGGAGUUGCACGCAGGGUGCUGCAGACAUGUCCCAUCCCAGAGAGAAAAAUGACAAGUGCAUAGAAGACCCCAAGAGUGCCGACAAGAAGACCCGAGCGCUCCUGAGGCGCCACCACAGUGACCACCACACCCAGCCGGGCUGCCAGCGCCACUGUGUGGAUGAGAACCUGGAACGCAGGAACCACUACUUGGACCUGGCAGGAAUCGAAAACUACACAUCCCGCUUCGGAGCCGCCCCUGCUACAGAGCCAGCGAAGGCAGAGCCUCAGACCCGCUCAUCCAACCAGACUCGUUCUCGCUCCCAUGAACCGGAAAAUGGCCACUCCCAUUCCCACCACCGCCGCUUGCAAACUGUUGUGGACGCCGUCGCCCCGGACAACCUCCACCCCGCCCGACUGCGAGGCCAAGACUCAGGGAAACAUGCCCUCCGCUCUCCCAAGACUCACAGCCGCACACCUGCACAGAUCAGCAGUAGGGUGAUGAGGAGCCGAGGUGUCCCUCCUCCCCCGGCACUACCCAGCCAGACCCCCCCUCACCAGUCCGCAGCCCCCUACCGCAAGCACAAGCAGCGGUCCAAGGAGAGCCAGGGCUACCGCGCCUUGGGCUCUCUGGCAGCUACGGGACCUGUGGUAGAGAAGGAGCAGGUGAGGGACCUACCCAGCGUGCUGCUCUAUGAUGGGGGGCUAGCACAAGUGGUGCAGCGGCAUGAGCAUCAUCACCACCAUGAACACCAUCACCACUACCACCACUUUUACCAGUCCUGAAUUUCUACCCUGAAG